AUGGAUGAGCAUUUGCAAACUAUUGCCAAUCUUUCUGCAGCCAAAUUUCGUGAUCUCUGCGCCGCUGCAAAAAAUACGCGUGAAAUGUUGAAUAACGAUGAUAUAACGAUGGUUACAUUGUGCGGUAAAUGUUUCCAUAUACUACAAUUAGCACUUCAGUGCAAGCAUCAAAAAAUUAAUCAAGCUGCUGUUGAUUUAUUUCAGACAUUAAUUCGAGACGAACGUUUUAUGAACAAAGCGGUAACUACUGAAAGUGACACAUUGGUUAUGUCAGCAUUAAAGUCUCUUACUUUAUUACCAGUAAUCAAAGCUCCCAUCCAAUGUCGUAUUCUCACGUUAUGUAUGCAAACAUUUGAGAAUGCGGAAGAAAGAAGUGUUCGGUUGGCUUGUCGCGCAGCUAUUACUCAGAUUUUUAGCUCUUUUUGCACAUUACCGCAGAAUGGCCAUUGUCAGGAACAUAUUGCCAUUUUUAUGGAUGCUACAUCAUUGCUAAAUGAAGUAAUCAAAUGCGCAAAUGUCACAAACCCCCAAUCAGAUCAAAUUAUUAUCUUACUAGAUGCUAUAUAUAGUCUUCUUAGUUCACAGCCAGUUACUAUUGUCAAUCAUCAACCAUUCGUUAAUGUUAUUUGGCGUGAAUUAAGUCCGUGCAUAAUGAAAAUGCUAGGAGAACCGGAAAAGAAUACCCAUGAUGUUGCUGAAGAUAAUGAACCAUUUGGACGAGGCCAAAGGUCAAUGACGACAAAUAGUAAAACGAUUUUUGAUCAUCCCGAAAUUGUACUCUCCCUGUACCAAAUCGUCGAACAAUUGCUAAGAAUUCUUGCUGGUGUUCAUGCAAUGCAAAGCGUGUUAGAAGCAAUAUUUCAUAAAGCUUUGCUCUAUCCAAGAGUGGAUCAGCGUUCUGAAACUCUUCGUAUCAUCCGGAAGAUUACUAAAAAUGAAGAACGUCUUGCUGAUAUUAUUUUGGUUUCGGUGAGCAGCAAAUCAUUAACAUUAUGGAAUAUUAUUGUUGAUUGUAUCGUUGAAUGCAGUAAUUCAACAAACAUUGAAAUAGCUUCAGAAGCACUUCGAACAUUACAAAAUUUUCUAGUCACAGCAUCCCAAAUGUGUGAAGCGGAUAGUGAUGGAAUAUUAUCUGCGCAACUUAUUGAUUCUAUUAUGGCCUAUCUUUCAACAAAUGAUAUCUCAUUAGCUUCAAAUAUCGAUGAUGAUCAAGUUUCAGAAAAGCGUGACAACAAGCAGGACGAUUUAAAGGAGUCAGAAAUAAAACAAAAUAACUCAUUGGUAAAUUUGAAAAGUACAGACGAGGUAACCGAAGUGCUCGAAAAAUUAUCAAAAAAAUAUAAGGGAAGUGAAACGGAUGUGAUGAACGAUUGCUGUGACGUCGAUAAUAAAUUAGCUGAAAAAGAAAUAGAAACAGCAAACUGCUAUAUAAAUAAAUUGCGAAAUGCUAUUCCAAAAUGGCUGCAAAUUAGGAGUACAAUUGAAGUUGAUGAAGCAAUUCAAGAAUUUGCAUCCGAUUUCUUUUCUGAAUUCAUGAUGGCUCAGAAGGAUGCCUUCGAGUUGUACGGUGAGACACAAUCACAUUUCCUGAAUUCUGAUGCUAUCUAUCUUACUACUUAUGCAGCAUUGGCUGUUGUUUUUUAUGAAAACAACGAGCAAACUUUUAACAAGUUUUGGUUCAUCAAUGAAGUGCUCUAUAGUGAUUGUAUUGUAUAUAGCAGUGAUCAUUGGCUUACUGUGGUAUAUGAAAAUUUGAUAAAAUUAAAAAUGGAAAUUAAAUCUUUGGAAGAUGUUAGAAUACCACUGAUAAGUGUUAUUGAAGAUUACACUGGGCACAACGCUCAAGUAAUGAGCGAUGUGCGACGAAUACAGCAAAUGUUUACAAAGCAGAGUAAGCAUUCCUUAGCUGCGUGUAGAGCAUGUCGAUGGCUUUUAUUGGCAACUUGGAAUAAAUUGCUAACAGCACCGUCAAAGCUACUUUCCUUACGCAAUAAACAACAUCGUAUUGCUCGUCCAAAAGCUGCUGAAGCUUUUGAUCAAGCUAUUUAUGCGUUAUUAUCCUUUGCUAAGCUUUGUAUGGAAGAGCAUAAUCAGUCAAUCAUUGCACAACUUGUCGCAGCAACAUGUCCUCUGGAUGAAUUGAGAAGUUUUGCAACUCAAGAAAAAGUUGAUUCCGUCGUAGAACGAUUUAAUCGAUGGCCAUUACGGAAAGCUGAUGCGAUCGCAAUGCAAACCAUUUUAGAUGUUGCUAUUGAUUGUGGACUUCGUACACCAAAAUGUUGGAAUGAUAUCAUUAGAUGCACUGAAUAUAUCUUGGAAAUGGAGAAAUAUUUGUUUGGUAUCAUAAUUCAAGAUCAGACUAGUUGGUUAUCACCUGUUUCUUUCAAUGGUGAUACGGCUGAUAAGGCACAGCAUAUUGAUGAUAUCUUACCGAGCGAUAGUAGUGACAACCUUAACAAUCAUACAGCUUGUCGUAUUCUUCAAUUUUUGAUCUCAAUAAUAAAUAAAUUGUAUGAACGUGUUGGCAAAGAGUUAAAUUUGGCAUCACUCUGUGAAUUAAUGCAAAAUUUGGUGGUAGUUAGUGAAAAUUGCCAAUACUACGUGAAUUCGCAAAAAUCAAAUUCAUUGGCUGAUCCGACAUCUGCUUCGCUGCGCAGUAAUGGAAAGUUAAAUUUUUUUGCUAUCGAAGGCUUGGGAGUUUGCAUAGCGAAAUUAAUGAUUAACGAAGCAAAUGGCUUUUGUUACAAUCAACUCAUCUUCCAGCCAUUACGAAAUAUUCUUUGUGCAGAGAUGUGUUUGGAGGAAUCACAGGAACAAAUUGUUACAUUGUUGGCAACAUUUGUACAUUCACAUGCAAAUAUGAUUGGUUCCGGAUGGCGAUCGUUGUUUAGUGCUUUGAAAGCAUUACGGAUUGAAGAUCAUGCAGGCAUGCUUGAAAAUACGUAA